AGCAGACUUUCUAUCAUCUCAAAGAGAUGGUCUGUGAUCAGGAAGGCGCCGCUAGAUGUUUCACACAAGCAAGUCGCCUACUCAUAUUCAAAAGGCGCUACUGAGAAAGUAAAGUGGAGCACCCGGACCGUAUCCGCCCGGAUGACAAGAUCUGAUGUCAAAGAGGGGUUUAUCGCAGGCAUGGCUUUCUCAAAGAAAAAAGAAAUGACAAAAGCAAAAGACAGAGAUGAAAGAAGGACCAACGACGAUCCUAUACUAAAGGCGUUAGAUAAGGAGGAGGAGUAGGAGGAGCUUUUUUCAUUGAAGUAGAGACAGAAUCGAAUGAUGACGAGAGAGAAUGAGAAAAAGCCUAAAGGGGAGAGCACUUCUCAAUUUCACUUUGAGUACGGGGAAGUCCGCAGGGAGGAAUUCAUCUGGGCGUAUUACAGUUUUUCACCGAGGGGGUGGAUCGAAGCGAUUGCAGCGAAAAAUUGACCUGAAACGAAGCACUUCGUCUAUGGGCAUUGUAGAAAGGAUCGAAUAUGACCCUAAUCGUUCUUCUCGGAUCGCUCUAGUACGAUGGAUCGAGGGGGUGCUGCUACGCCGCCAGAGGAAAUGCAACACGAACACGAUAGAAGAGUUCGCUCCGCCGCGUCAGAUCCUCGAAUCUACCACGGCCACCAUCUUUUGCCUAUUUUCGUUAUCUUCCCUGCCCCGGAAAGUGGAUCAAAGAAAGGUAGCUUGCUCCCAAGCCAAGUGCUUGCUUACGCUUUAUGUAGUGGUCGGCCUUCCUACCUUCAUGCCUCCUUGGUCGAAGAGCCAAGCCUGCGCAGGAAGCAAACAAACUUGCGCGAAGGACGUUUUCUUCUCUGCCCUGCCCUCUCCCUUGGCCAAGGGAGAGACUGCAUUCCUUUCCUUCGGUAGCUCUUUGGCUUUCCCAAGGAUAGCGAUAGCUGGGGCAAAGCCCGCUUUCUUCGCUCCGCGAAUGAGAGAG